AUGGCAGAGAACAAGAUGGGGCAAAACAUUGGCGCUGGGGCUGGAAUCUUUGCCAAACGGGUACAAAAGUCAUUGAAUCGUGCUCAGGAAAAGGUAAGCAACAAGUUUGAACUGGUGAACCGUGAUAUCUCUAUGUUAUCCUGAAAUCAAGAUUGGUUAAUUCCUCAAGAGACAAAAAAAUCAACAGUUCAAACAAUUUUCAAACAAUAUUCAAUACAACUUUUAUUGUGAACUAGCCUAUAUAAAGUUAGUUGUCUAUUCCAACAGAAAACAGCCAAAUUGAUUUUGUGCUAGUCUGUUAAUGCCAUUUUGUUGAUGUUGCUUGUUCAGCUGCAUGUGGACACAAAAGCUGCCACUUCCUGCCUCUGCAUACACUUCCUCUCCCUCACUGCUCUUACUCGGUGGCUUUGUGGUUCACUUGGCCUAGGUGCUGGCGUGCUGCUCUGCUACUUUCACUUUGCUGCAGAAACCAAAAAAACAGGACAGGGAGCGUGGUUUGAAAUGCCUGUCAGAUGAAAUCGGUUCAAUGUGCCCAAGUUCCGUCCUAUCAUUUGGGGUCAACCACAGAUGUCAUUUUUGGGAAAGGGGAAUGAUAGACAUUAUGUUGGUCUGGAAAAUAGUGAACAUUAUACAAGUAAGUUACGAUAGUUGUUUAGAAUCAUUAUGGAACACAAUGUAGGGCCUAUAUACUGUAAGUGUGAUUGUCAUUACCUCACAUAGGUCAAACUGAACAACAGUACAAUACCUAUUAUAGAGAGUAAUGUCCAUUAAUGUUGAGUGAUAGAAAGCUGUGGAUAUAUCAACAACUUUUGUUUUUGUCCUGUCAUAGGUCAUGCAGAAGCUGGGGAAGAACAUGGAGACUAAAGAUGAACAGUUUGAGCAGUACUCCCAGAACCUUCUCAAACAACAGGUACCAAUGAAGAAAAGCUCUGCUUCAGUGUCAUGCUGUUUCUGUCUCCCAUGGUGAACUGCAACACUGAUGCAAUAGAUGUUUGUAUCAAUAAGCCCACUGCAACUGCAACAUGCUGUACAAGGCCUAUACAGUGGCUUGCGAAAGUAUUCACCCCCCUUGGCAUUUUUCCUAUUUUGUUGCCUUACAACCUGGAAUUAAAAUAGAUUUUGGGGGGGGGUUUGUAUCAUUUGAUUUACACAACAUGCCUACCGCUUUGAAAAUGCAAAAUAUUUUUUGGGGUGAAACAAACAACAAGUAAGACAAAAAAAACAGAAAACUUGAGCGUGCAUAACUAUUCACCCCCCCAAAGUCAAUACUUUGUAAAGCCACCUUUUGCUUGGCACAUCUAGCCACUGGGAGUUUUGCCCAUUCUUCUAGGCAAAACUGCUCCUGCUCCUUCAAGUUGGAUGGGUUCCGCUGGUGUACAGCAAUCUUUAAGUCAUACCACAGAUUCUCAAUUGGAUUGAGGUCUGGGCUUUGACUAUGCCAUUCCAAGACAUUUAAAUGAUUCCCCUUAAACCACUCGAGUGUUGCUUUAGCAGUAUGCUUAGUGUCAUUGUCCUGCUGGAAGGUGAACCUCCGUACCAGUCUCAAAUCUCUGGAAGACUGAAACAGGUUUCCCUCAAUCAUUUCCCUGUAUUUAGCACCAUCCAUCAUUCCUUCAAUUCUGACCAGUUUCCCAGUCCCUGCCGAUGAAAAACAUCCCCACAGGAUGAGGCUGCCACCACCAUGUGGGGAUGGUGUUCUCGGGAUGAUGAGAGGUGUUGGCUUUGCGCCAGACAUAGCGUUAUCCUUGAUGGCCAAAAAGCUCAAGUUUAGUCUCAUCUGACCAGAGUACCUUCUUCCAUAUGUUUGGGGAGUCUCCCACAAACGUGUUUGCUUAUUUUUUUCUUUAAGCAAUGGCUUUUUUCUGGCCACUCUUCCAUAAAGCCCAGCUCUGUGGAGUGUACGGCUUAAAGUGGUCCUAUGGACAGAUACUCCUAUCUCCACUGUGGAGCUUUGCAGCUCCUUCAGGGUAAUGUUUGGUCUCUUUGUUGCCUCUCUGAUUAAUGCCCUCCUUGCCUGGUCCGUGAGUUUUGGUGGGCGGCCUUCUCUUGGCAGGUUUGUUGUGGUGCCAUAUUCUUUCAAUUUUUUAAUAAUGGAUUGAAUGGUGCUCCGUGGGAUGUUCAUAGUUUCAGAUAUUUUUUUAUAACCCAACCCUGAUCUGUACUUCUCCACAACUUUGUCCCUGACCUGUUUGGAGAGCUCCUUGGUCUUCAUGGUGCCGCUUGCUUAGUGGUGCCCCUUGAUUAGUGGUGUUGCAGACUCUGGGGCCUUUCAGAACAGGUGUAUAUAUACUGAGAUCAUGUGACAGAUCAUGUGACACUUAGAUUGCACACAGGUGGACUUUAUUUAACAAAUUAUGUGACUUCUGAAGGUAAUUGGUUGCACAAUAUCUUAUUUAGGGGCUUCAUAUCAAAGGGGGUGAAUACAUGUGCACCCACCACUUUUCCAUUCGUUAUUUUUUUCAUUUCACUUCACCAAUUUUGGACUAUUUUGUGUAUGUCCAUUACAUGAAAUCCACAUAAAAAUCCAUUUAAAUUACAGGUUGUAAUGCAACAAAAUAGGAAAAACGCCAAGGGGGAUGAAUAUUUUUGCAAGGCACUGUAUGAGUCAUACUGACUGUUACUGUUGGUUGCUCAAGUCUCUUCAUCCCCUAAAGGCCUUCCCACACUCUACGUCGGAUUCAGUCUUUUACGAUUAUUACAUGUCACACUGUGCGAUGUGACCAAAUUAAGUUCUGUCGUCACAUUCUGCGAUUGGCAUGCGUUGUGAGGAUACUUCAGCGGCGUAGGCUGCAGCAACUGCGUCAACUGGGCGUAUCAAGCAUGGCGUCGAAAGAACGACAACAUCCAGGUGCGCGAGCAAGGCGUCAGUGUUCCUCCUAUUGGUCAGUCACCAGGGAUCGGCUCGUAACUCUAGCCACACUACACAAUAAAGGCUCAACAUUUCUGACACUGCCAGAACUUUGUUGGAGCCUACGACACACAUAGUGGUACAUAAUCUGCAGAUCUAUACCCUGUCAUACUGAACGAGACAAGACGUCGGGCAGUCAUUUAUGACCAAAAGAAUUGCCCACGUCUGGGACGGCAAAAUUGUGGCAUAAGAUGGCAAAAAUGUUACAGUCUGUGUGGGCCUUUAGGCACAUAAGGACCAUAUUCACUGAAAUCCUUUUGCGUUGAUAACUUUAGGAUCUAAACUCUGGCCAUUUGGAAUGGUGGUCUACCUUACACUUUUUGUUUCCAUUAUAAUUUUUUCUAUGUAAUUUGACAAACUGAUAUGCUGUCAAAUGGCCAACUGGUUGGACGCUCAUUUGAAAAAGCACUGGAAAAACCAGAUGUUGUUUUGUCUGCUAAUUACUGUUUUUGUGUUGAGGUCAACCAAUGAAAUGUUCUCCAAUAUAUUCAGCUUAUAUGUUGCAAGGGAGCUAUCUCUGACGUUUGGUUAACUGUUUAUCUGCCCUCAGAGCUGUGUGCAUUUUUUUUAUAUCUGUAUUUUGGGUCAUUUCACCAAAUCAACACAUGUUAAGAAAAAGUUGUCUUAAAGAGUGACUGCCGCUAAAAAUCAACUUUUUGUUUUGAAAAUGGCCAAUGUGGCGUUGAUAUGAGUCAGAAACAUUUAGUGUGAAUGGGUUAAUUUUGGUCAUAAAGUGGUCUCCUCCAAAACGGAGAUUUGGGAGAUGAUAGGAAAAAAUGUCACGGAAUGAAGGGUACCAUAACAGUUUUCUGUGGGUUGGGCUUAUUUUAAUCCUGCCCACAGCUGGCAGCACCCAAGUAACCCGAUCAUAAUGCCCAUGGUCAAUUUGGUAUGACAUUUGAUAUCCCUAUUGGGUUUAGGGACCAUCAGUAAAUUACACAAUGUACAUGGGACAAUAUUUUAAAGUUCAAUAUCUCCAAAUGUUAAUGACUUACAAAUCUCAAACCACCUAUAGAUUGUAGAAGUCCAUAUACAAAUAUUGACAGCAUUUAAUGAGACAACAUGAAAAUAUUGUCAAUUUACAUUGUAAUUUAUUGACGGUCCCUAACUAUCCCCAGGGAUAGGCUAUCCAAAGUCAAACCAAAUUUGCCACAGUUGCACACCAACCAGCUGAAGCUUAUUGGCUAAAUAAUUUUAGCUAACUCUUCCCACCUACGAACACACACGAGACACCCACAUCAAACCUCACCCCAAAACCAACUCAAGUUUGAAUUCUGUCAUGGCCGCUAGCAUUUAAUUAAUCAAACAGUGGCCACCCAACAUGGUCUCAGAGCAUUUCGUAUUAUUCUGUACGUAAAGCUGAUACACUCCAUUUAGUAUAUGUUAUGUUUGGUAUGGUUACAUAAGACAGAUGGUUACCUAAGGCUAAAAUGAAAGGAGGGUGGGGGUGGAAGGGUGGGUGUAUACCCAUCUCAUCACGGACAAUUUUAGCUAAUUAGCAACUUUUUAAACUACUUAUUACUUUUCAGAUACUUUGCAACUACUUAGCAUGUUAGCUAACCCUUCACCUAACCUUUAACCUGACCGUAACCCUUUAACCUAACUCCUAAACUUAACCCUAACCCCUAGCCUAAUGUUAGCGAACUAGCUAAUGUUAGCCACCUAGACAGAAUUCAUAACAUAUCAUACAUUUUGCAAAUUUGUAACAUAUUGUACAUUUUUCAAAUUCGUAACAUAAUGCGAAUUGUAAUUUGUAACAUAUCAUACGAAAUGGGUGAUGGACAUCCACAAAUUAAUACAUACCAUACGAAACGUAACAAAUCAUACUAAAUUGAGUAACUUGGAGACCAGGUUGGGCCACCAUGCCUUGUGUAAAACAAUAUAUUCCUUAUUCUGAUUUUUUUUUUGUUGGCACAUUGAAGCAUCAGAAUAAAAAUACAAAAGGUAAUCCUUGUUCGACAAGGACAGUGUCACUUUUAAAACACAUACUGUACACUCUUCACUGUUAUUGUUCGUGAUAUGUAUGAUUGUACAUCUUGAAUUGUGAAGAUCCUGGUGUCUUUCUCUUUCAGUGUUUUUGGAGAUUUAUCUUCUGUAAAGGUGACGUCAACUACUGGAAAGGGUCUUUGAUUGAUGGAUGCUCUCACUGUAAGAAAUGUACUAUAACAACCCCCUCAUUGAAUCUUCUGUCUUUUCAACCAACAGAAUGAUGGGGGAAGACUAUUCAAAGAAGUCCAAGCGUACUUCCGUGCAGUGAAAGGUAGGAGCUGAGUUGUCUAUUUCAUCUCACUCCAUAGCAGAGGUUUCUCAUGGGCACAGGCGCACCUACGGCCAACGUUCUGAUUAGUCUAAUCAAAUCAACUGGUGGCUUAAUUGAAGUUGCUAAGCAACAAAACUGCGCAACUAUGGGGCAAAACAGACGGGGUUGGCUUAGAAUGUUUACAUGUAAUUUUUUUUGGUCUCCAAUGUUUAUUGAAAACAUAAAUACAUUUGCACAAUGAGCACUUGUCUCUCAAAUACAAUGUUACAGUUGUUGGUUAGCUAGCUAGCGAAUUUAAGCCAUAUUAGCAUUGAAAUAAAAUCAGUCAAACACCUCAAAACGAGACAUGGCAUCAAGAACAAGAUGAAACUAGCUGAAAUGAGCCACUUAUGAUUCCCCACAAGGUAGUUUCUUGUCAUUGUUGCUAGCCAUCUGGCCAUCCAGAAUCGCCCCAUUAAGGCGUGCACAUUGUUUUCAUGAUGUUGUCAGCUAACCCAUCUAUAGAUUCAAUACUUAUCUUUAGUGUUGCCCUGUGCAUUUAGGCAGUUCAGGCUGCCAUAUUCAUAUUGAGGUCAAAAUCAAAUAUCUACAAUCUUAUCAUUCAGUCUUUGUGUUCAUUAUUUUGGCUUUGUUUGAUGUAGUUGUAGGCCUGUAUUUUGUACAGUAAUGAGUUAAAUUUGACACACUGGCCCAAGUCUCUUUUUGUAAGCUGAGCAUACUUUCAAAUCCUCUCUGGUGGCAUGAGGGAGAAAGUGAAGAGGGAAGUGAAUUCCAUCUAUUAUUAGAUCGGUCUUUUGCAAUGCUGUCUGUACUGUCAAUUUAUUAAAGCAAAGAACUACGGGCCAUUAAAAAGGGAAGACUCAGCAAAUGAAUGUAUUAUUCAUUUGAGCAGGAAAUAAUUGUGUUAGAAUUGUUUGUUUUUAGUGAUCCCGUUUGCAUACCACUUCAAAUGAAGACCAUUUUGUUUUGACCUUGCAUAGGUGUAGCCGAAUCAGCAGUGUGCCACAAAACCAAAACAACUUUAUCUUAAUGUUCUGUCCAUUAUGAUUUCUGUCAUGCCAGGUUGUAUUUAUUAGGUCUACACUUGACACUUACCUGCGACUUCUGCUAGCACAAUACAAAGAUCGUGUUGAAAAGACGGGUCUGUCUGUGUUCAGAUCUGGCUGUCCCCUUCAGGAGGUGGUCAUGGAUGCAUUGUGUGCAGAUUUCUCCUCAGUCUGGACGUAAUCAGGCUACCGAAAGCGCAUACUUUGGGCGACGUCAUCAGCACCCCUCCCACAAGUCUGCAAAAAAUGUGUAUUUUGGGACCAAGGCACCUUUUCAUUAUAAAGUUGGAGGAAAUAUGUUCCUAGUGUGUGAGGAACGUGUUUGCUGGACUCAAAUGCUAGCCAGCUAGAUAAUAUUUAGAAAAACAAUGUUUUGUUUGGCUAGAGUUAUGCUAAUCCGUUUGCAAUACCUUUAACGUUGCUUGCUAGCUUGCUGGCUAGCUACAGAGGUUAGCUGGCUAGUUAGCUACUGCCAGUUGUUGUUGUGUUGUUAACAUAUUUAGCCUAUUCCACCAUUUGUAGAAUGCAUACUGGCAUUUGAAUAUAGCGCGGAAAAAGGGAAUCAAUCAAUCAAUCAAAUGUAUUUAUAAAGCCCUUUUUACAUCAGCAGAUGUCACAAAGUGCUAUACAGAAACACAGCCUAAAACCCCAAACAACAAGCAAUGGACACACUGUGGACACGGUAGAGACAUUUAAAUGUAGACUCAUGACGCAUUCGGAAUUCCAUGAUCAGAACUAUGAUCAGAAUACUAAAGCUGCAUGAACUGUGAAGUCUAGACACGGCCUUAUUAUUGUACACCUUAGCAAAACGUUUUGCUGCAGAAAAUAAGUGUUUCUUAUUGGACAACUUAAUGUAGUCCCGCCUUGUUUCAGUCCGUUUUCUUCUGUUUGGUAGUGAAUACUACCCUUGUUUUUGUUUUUUUACCCACAUCCCCUGACACUGUCCCCUAGCCUAGUUAACAAGCUAUCUGCUAGGCAAGAUACACAUAAACAUUAUUAUGACAAAUGCAGUCAAUAGUUCACAUUUUCCUUCUGUCCUUCUCUACAGUGAUGCAUGAGACAUCCAAGCGACUGUCCCAGACGUUAAGAGACGUCUACGAACCUGACUGGCAGGGAGGAGAGGACCUAUCUGUCAUCAUGGAGGUGGGCCACAGCUGGGUGUUUUAUUGUGGUCUAUAGUAGGGAUGGGCAUGGUUAUUUGAAAUUCUGAACAGACGUUAGUAUUAGAUCGCUUGGGACAGUAUUAAUUUGAGAGAAAGAUUAUAGGCCUAUUUUUAACAAUGAAAAGGCUUUGUCAAAACAAUGUUUUACUGACAUUGCUACAUAGCCUACAAGGAUAGACCAUUAUAUAUAUAAUUUUUAAUAAUACAAGUUUUAUGACAGAUGCACCUGUAGCCUUCACACAUGUAGCUUGUUACUGUUGGUCAAUCAAAUUGGUGUUACAGUCACAGGCUUCAUCUGGAGCAGGUGAAGUGGGUAUAUUUCGAAUCAAUGCAAAAUGGAAUAAAAAUUACGGAAUUAAGUUGUCUAAAUGAGAAGAAGUGUAGCGGUCUUUAUAUGUACCACAGAAGAACCAAGAAAUAAAGAGCGACACCAUCUCAGACUGCCCAUCUUAAUAUUUUCUUUUUAUUGGCCAGUCUGAGAUAUGGCUUUUUCUUUGCCACUCUGCUUAGAAGGUCAGCAUCCCGGAGUCGCUUCCUCACUGUUGACGUUGAGACUGGUGUUUUGCGGGUACUAUUUAGUGAAGCUGCCAGUUGAGGACCUGUGAGGCGACUGUUUCUCAAACUAGACACUCUAAUCUAUUUGUCCUCUUGAGUAGUACACAGCGUUGUACGAGAUCUUCAGUUUCUUGGCAAUUUCUCACAUGGAAUAGCCUUCAUUUCUCAGAACAAGAAUAGACUGACAAGUUUCAGAAGAAAGUUAUUUGUUUCUGGCCAUUUUGAGCCUGUAAUCGAACCCACAAUUGCUGAUGCUCCAGAUACUCAACUAGUCUCAAGAAGGCCAGUUUUAUUGCUUCUUUAAUCAGCACAACAGUUUUCAGCUGUGCUAACAUAAUUGCAAAAGUGUUUUCUAAAGAUCUAUCAGCCUUUUAAAAUGAUAAACUUGGAUUAGCAAACACAACGUGCCAUUGGAACACAGGACUGAUGGUUGCUGAUAAUGGGCUUGUCUUUCGAAAACAAGGACAUUUCUAAGUGACCCCAAACUUUUGAACAUUUUUUAACUUUUUCUUCCCUCUACUACAGAGUGAGGACUUGCUGUGGAACGAUUACGAAGAGAAACUAACAGACCAAAUAGUCCGCACCAUGGAGAAUUACACUGGCCAGUUUCAUGAAGUCAAGGUAGCUUCUGAUGUACUCUCAUCAACUGUUUUUGGUGCAGUAUAACUGGUUCACAUCAAAACUCUUCCCUCCCCAUGUGUUUACAUUGCUGCUUGGUCUUACAAACAAACAAUCAAGAGACUUUAUAGUGUCACUUGACUCAUGGGGAUUGUGUUUAGAAAUAUUACUUCUACCCAUGCCACUUAGGAACGACUGGCCAAACGCGGUCGGAAGCUAGUAGACUACGAUUCCUCACGCCACCACUUGGAGGCGCUGCAGAAUGCCAAGAAGAAAGACGAUGCCAGAAUCACAAAGGUGUGUUGAAAAUGAAAAGUAAAUUCAAUAUUUUUUGGUCAACGUAUUUGGAUAAAGGUACUGAAGGCAUUUGAAUUCCAUUUCCCUCUAACCAGGCAGAGGAGGAGUUCAACAUAGCCCAGAGUGUGUUUGAGGAAAUCAACAAAGAGAUGAGGGAGGAGCUUCCUGUUCUCUAUCAAAGGUAAAGGCAAUGGACCACAGCACAUCAGGGUCCUGUCCAUUAGAAAUACCUUAUUUACAUAAGUAUUCAGACCCUUUGCUAUGAGACUCAAAAUUGAGCUCAGGUGCAUCCUGUUUCCGUUGAUCAUCCUUGAUAUGUUUGUACAACUUGAUUGGAGUCCACCUGUGGUAAAUUCAAUUGAUUGGACAUGAUUUGGAAAGGCACACACCUGUCUAUAUAAGGUCCCACAGUUGGCAGUGCAUGUCAGAGCAAAAACCAAGCCAUGAGGUCGAAGGAAUUGUCCGUAGAGCUCCGAGACAGGAUUGUGUCGAGGCACAGAUCUGGGGAAGUGUACCAAAAAAUGUCUGCAGCAUUGAAGGUCCCCAAGAACACAGUGGCCUCCAUCAUUCUUAAAUGGAAGAAGUUUGGAACCACCAAGAUUCUUCCUAGAGCUGGCCGCCUGGCCAAACUGAGCAAUCGAGGGAGAAGGGCCUUGGUCAAGGAGGUGACCAAUAACCCAAUGGUCACUCUGACAGAGCUCUAGAGUUACUCUGUGGAGAUGGGAGAACCUUCUAGAAGGACAUGGUAGAGUGGCCAGAUGGAAGCCACUCCUCAGUAAAAGGCACAUGACAGCCCACUUGGAGUUUGCCAAAAGUCACCUAAAGACUCUCAGACCAUGAGAAACAAGAUUCUCUGGUCUGAUGAAACCAAGAUUGAACUCUUUGGCCUGAAUUCCAAGCGUCAUGUCUGGAGGAAACCUGGCACCAUCCCUACGGUGAAGCAUGGUAAUAAUAAUAAUAAUAAUAAUAUGCCAUUUAGCAGACGCUUUUAUCCAAAGCGACUUACAGUCAUGCGUGCAUACAUUUUUGUGUAUGGGUGGUCCCGGGGAUCGAACCCACUACCUUGGCGUUACAAGCGCCGUGCUCUACCAAACAAACAAACUACAUGGAGAGAGCUCAGUCAAAAUUAAUUUCAUAAAAAAAAAGAAAAAAAGGAAUUGAUUAAACCAAGUGUGCCCUGACACUGACAACACAUAGGAUAUCAAACAUAUCAUAGCAGAUGGUGGUGUUAGCAUCAUACUGUGGGGAUGUUUUUCAGUGGCAGGGACUGGGAGACUAGUCAGGAUCGAGGCAAAGAUGAACUGCGCAAAGAACAGAGAGAUCCUUGAUGAAAACCUGCUCCAGAGCGCUCAGGACCUUAGACUGGGGGCGAAGGUUCACCUUCAAACAGGACAACGACCCUCAGCACACAGCCAAGACAAUGCAGGAGUGGCUUCGGGACAAGUCUCUGAAUGUCCUUGAGUGGCCCAGCCAGAGCCCGGACUUGAAGCCAAUCUAACAUCUCUGGAGAGACCUGAAAAUAGCUGUGCAGCGACGCUCCCCAUCCAACCUGACAGAGCUUGAGAGGAUCUGCAGAGAAGAAUGGGAGAAACUCCCCAAAUACAGGUGUGCCAAGCUUGUAGCUUCAUACCCAAGAAGACUCGAUGCUGUAAUCACUGCCAAAGGUGCUUCAACAAAGUACUGAGUAUAGGGUCUAAAUAAUUAUGUCAAUGUGAUAUUUCCAUUUUUUCCGCUUUGUCAUUAUGGGGUAUUGUGCGUAGAUUGCUGAGGAUUUUUUUUUUUCAUCCAUUUUAGAAUAAGGCCAUAACGUAACAAUGUGGGAAAAGUCAAGGGGUCUGAAUACUUUCCAAAUGCACUGUAUUUCUCUCAAAUUGUGCCAAAUUUGUUUACAUCCCUGUUAGUGAGCAUUUCUCCUUUGCCAAAAUAAUCCAUCCACCUGACAGGUGUGGCAUAUCAAGAAGCUGAUUAAACAGCAUGACUAUUACACAGGUGCACCUUGUGCUGGGGACAAUAAAAGGUCACGCUAAAAUGUGCUGUUUUGUCACAAAACACAAUCCCACAAUGUCUCAAGUUUUAAGGGAGGGUGCAAUUGGCAUGCUGACUGCAGGAAUGUCCACCAGAGCUGUUGCCAGAGAAUUGAAUGUUCAUCUCUCUACCUUAAACCGCCUCCAACAUUGUUUUAGAGAAUUUGGCAGUACGUCCAACCGGCCUCACAACCGCAGACCACGUGUAGAUACAUAGCCCAGGAUCUCCACAUCCGGCUUUUUCACCUGCGGGAUCGUCUGAGAAUUGCACCCGGACAGCUGAUGAAACUGUGGGUUUGCAAAAUCAAAGAAUUUCUGCACUAACUAUCAGAAACAGUCUCAGGAAAGCUCAUCUUCAUGCUCAUCGUCCUCACCGGGGUCUUGACCUGAUUGCAGUUCGGUUUCAUAACCGACUUCAGUGGGCAAAUGUUCACCUUCGAUGGCCACUGUCACGCUGGAGAAGUGUGGUCUUCACGGAUGAAUCCCGGUUUCAACUGUACCGGGCAGAUGGCGUCGUGUGGACGAGCGUUUUGCUGAUGUCAAUGUUGUGAACAGAGUGUCCCAUGGUGGGGUUAGGGUAUGGGCAGGCAUAAGCUACGGACAAUGAACACAAUUGCAUUUUAUAGAUGGCAAUUUCAAUGCACAGAGAUACUGUGACGAGAUCCUGAGGCCCAAUGUCGUGCCAUUUAAUCUGCCGCUAUCACCUGUUUCAGCAUGAAAAUGCACAGCCCCAUGUCGCAAGGAUCUGGACACAAUUCCUUGAAGCUGAAAAUGUCCCAGUUCUUCCAUGUCCUGCAUACUCACCAGACAUGACACCCAUUGAGCAGUUUGGGAUGCUCUGGAUCGACGUGUACAGCAGCGUGUUCCAGUUGCCGCCAAUAUCCAGCAACUUCGCACAGCCAUUGAAGAGGAGUGGGACAACAUUCCACAGGCCACAAUCAACAGCCUGAUCAACUCUAUGCAAAGGAAAUGUGUCGCAUUCCCAGUCAUGUGAAAUCCAUAGAUUAAGGCCUAAUACAAUCAUUUUAAAUUAACUGAUUUCCUUAUGGACUGUAACGCAGUUCAUAUUUCUGUUCUGUGUAGAAUGAAGAAUCCUUUGUAUAUUUCUAUCUGCAAACACCCUGAACUUAUUUGCACCAAGUGGCUCCAAUGUAACAUAAUAUUUUCCCUUUUGUCUAAAGCCGGAUUGGCUGUUACGUGACCGUCUUUCAAAACAUUUCCAACCUGAGGGAUGUCUUCUAUAAGGAAAUGAGCGUGGUGAGGUUGUUUUUUUCUACAUUCUAAUAUGGAUUUUAUUCUCCCAAAAGAAAUAAAGCCAUCACAAUAUAUUUGACACAUCUGUAUCACUGCUAUAAAUAAUAGAUUUUACUGUAGGUGAUGUAGUAUGGCAUCUCACUGUUCAGAUGAAGAAAUGUACUGCAAGUCAACUAAUACUGACUAAUAGAAUAACCACUAUUGAUUGCAGCUGAACCAUGAGCUUUACAGUGUGAUGAAGAAGCUGGAGACUCAGCAUUCAGGAAAAGCUUUCAUCAUCAAGGGCCUCAACAGGUCAGUGUUUUAGAUGACCAUGUGAAUGUAUCGCAUUGGUUUAAUGUCUCAUAGUCCAUAUGUGAUUACUGUAUAUAUUGCUAAUCAAGUAAAAGUCAAAAGUCUAUUUAUUUUCAAUUGAGAAAACAAAUAUUUACUCUUGACUUUCUUCCAAUAAGUCUGGAAUUUGGGAAAUUAUCUGGGAUCUGAGAAUGUCAGACCAAAUGUUCUGCCACCAACCAGAUCAACUCACCCUCUAACUCCUCUCUUAGCACCAAGGCCAAGAAGAGGAAAUCCCUGGUCAUUUCAGCGCCCAUCCCCUGUAACACAGCCUUCCCCCCGGACCACACAUCCCUCCACACAUCCGCAGCCCCCGAAAACAGCAAAGAGACCGUCCUGUCCAGCCACGAGACCCACACCCAUAGCAUCUCUGAGGAGCAAGCUUCCCUCGCAGGAGAGGCAGAUGAGGGCGCUCACAGCGUCCUCACGUCAGAAAUGUCCGACUUCUCAGAUGAGGUGAGCUCCAACGGCGUUGCUACGCCCAACAGACGGUCGGCGUGUGACAGCGACAACGGGGUCGGGAGCGACGUCGCGUCAGAGGGUCUGAGUGAUGCCCCAGAGGGCGGGGCUUCAGAGGAGCAGGGCCCUAGCCAAUCUGUCGUAAAAGGGCAAGUUCAAAGGUCAGAGGUGACUGGGUGUGAAGUCACAAUCAGUCAGGAGGCUCUUCCAAAGUCCAUAGAGAGUGACGACCCACAUGACACUGAGCAGGAGAGUGCGCCUGAUUCUCCAGAGAAUGGUAAAGCCAAGGCCCUACCUCGUCCUGCUCCACGCUGCUCCUUCCCCUCUUCUGAUGCAAAGAGCACUGGAAAUGACUCAGACUCCCAGAAUCCACCUGGUUUCCUUAUCAAGGUGAUUCCCUAUUGUAGUAGUGGUACUCUCUUUAUAAUAUAUUAUAGUUUGUUUCAUACAGUCCAUUGUCCCAACAGUGUUUGCUGGAAUGUAGAUGUUAAUCAAUCAUGUAUCAAUUAUGAAGACCCCCCUGGGUUGGGCCAUUUGGAUUGAGAUUCCAUUGACGUCAAUACAUGAUUUACGCAAACAAUUGAGCCUUACGUGGGGAAAAUAAACACCAUACAAGAUCUCACCACUUUAAUUAAACGUUACUAUUAGCAUUUCUGCUGAGUGUCUAACAAAGUUGUUUAUGUGGCGCUGUGAUUGAUAUCAGGGAGUGGCGCUGGAGGGUCACGCUUCAGAAGACGGGACGCUGCAGUUUGAUGUGGAAGACACGAUUCUC